AUGUCUCUCCAGUUGUCUCCACAGGCACCCUGGAGGAACAACAACAUCAGUUUUCUGAGCAGGGAAGCUGCCAUCACAGAACAAGGAGAGACCAUUAUAGGCUUCUACCUACUGGCUUUAGGUUGGAUGUCUUGGUUUGGAAACAGCGUUGUGAUUUUUGUCCUGUAUAAACAGAGGCAUCUUCUGCAGCCCACUGACUACCUUACAUUUAACUUGGCUAUAUCAGAUGCCAGUAUCUCUGUGUUUGGUUAUUCAAGGGGGAUCAUUGAAAUAUUCAAUGUCUUCAGAGAUGAUGGAUUCAUUAUCACAUCGAUAUGGACUUGCCAGGUUGAUGGUUUCCUCACACUUCUCUUUGGCCUGGCUAGCAUUAACACCCUCACAGUGAUCAGCGUGACUCGCUAUAUAAAAGGCUGCCAUCCUGAGAGAGCUCACUGUAUCAGCAACAGCAGUAUGACGGUGGCUAUGGUCCUCAUCUGGAUAGCAGCCGCCUUCUGGUCAGCAGCUCCACUGCUUGGCUGGGGUAGUUAUACAGAUCGCAUGUAUGGAACAUGUGAGAUAGACUGGGCAAAGGCCAACUUCUCUACAAUCUACAAGUCCUACAUUAUCUCCAUUUUUAUCUGCUGUUUCUUCCUACCUGUAACAGUCAUGGUCUUCUCGUAUGUGUCAAUUAUCAAUACUGUCAAAUUAAGCCAUGCAUUAACAGGACUCAGUGAUCCCACAGAUAGACAGAGGAGAAUGGAGCGCGAUGUCACCAGGGUCUCUAUUGUUAUUUGCACAGCCUUCAUUAUUGCAUGGUCACCAUAUGCUGUCAUCUCUAUAUGGUCUGCAUAUGGUCACCCUGUGCCCAAUCUUACCAGCAUCCUUGCCAGUCUGUUUGCUAAGUCUGCCAGUUUCUACAAUCCUAUAAUCUACUUUGGAAUGAGCUCUAAGUUUCGGAGGGACAUUUUUAUCUUAUUCCAUUGUGCCAAGGAAGUCAAGGACCCUGUGAAGCUCAAACGUUUCAAAAACCUCAAGCAAAAACAAGAACCUUCUCAGAAAGAAGACAAAUACGCAGCAGAAAUGCAUCCUGUACCGAGCCCCGAUUCUGGUGUGGGAAGUCCAACCAACACCCCACCUCCAGCAAACAGGGAAGAGUAUUUUGGUAUUCUUGAUACACCAUCUACUAACCCUGACAUCGAAUGUGAUAGACUCUAA